CGGAGCAGCAGCAGAUCUCCGAGGAGGAGGAGCAGUCAAAGUUUGACUUUCCCACAGCAGGAGAAAGACUCUUUCACUCAGGAACCGAACGGCACUUGGCGACUGUGAAGUUGUGACAAAGCGGAAUAUCUCGUGUGGUGGACAUGGAGUGACACCGUCUCCGCGGGAGCUCAGAGUACAAGACGAGCCUCACGAUGGAAAGCUGUUUGGUGAAGUGGAUCCGUCUCACCUCUGUGCUGUGGCUGGGCUGCUGCGCACUGGCGGAAAAGAAAGUAUGCCAAGGCCUCACCAACCGUUUAAGCCUUCUGGGUUCCAAAGACGACCACUACCUGAGCACGGUGAAGACCUACAGCAACUGCACUGUGAUCCUGGAGAAUCUGGAGAUCACCUACAUGGAGGAGCACCGUGACCUGUCCUUCCUCAGGUCGAUUGAAGAAGUGGGCGGCUACGUCCUGAUCGCCCUCAACACAGCCUCCAGGAUUCCUCUGGAGAACCUGCGCAUCAUUCGAGGUCAUUCCCUCGAUUUGGGAGAGUUUGCCCUUUCCGUUUUCGCCAAUUAUCACAUACCUACCGCUGAGGCCACCAAAGAGGUUCUUCUGAACAGCCUGACGGAAAUUCUCAAAGGAGGCGUAAAGAUUGAGGGCCCGCAGCUUUGCCACAUGGAGACGAUACAGUGGUACGAUAUCGUCAAUGCUGACAACAAAUCCCGGAUGGAGCUCCAGGUGGCCAGCAAAAAUCGACUUUGCAAACCAUGUGACUCAAGCUGCUUUAAUGGUUCAUGCUGGGCAGCCGGUCCUCAAAACUGCCAGACAUUUACAAAGCUGAACUGUGCACAGCAGUGCUCUCAGAGAUGCAAAGGACCUUCACCGAGCGACUGCUGUAAUGAGCAUUGUGCCGCGGGCUGCACAGGACCACGGCCCACCAACUGUCUGGCCUGUCGGGACUUCCAGGAUGACGGGGUGUGUAAGGACUCCUGCCCGGGCCUCAUGCGCUACGACCCCAACCUGCACCAGCUGGUACCCAACCCCCUCGGGAAGUACAACUUCGGGGCCACAUGUGUCAAGAGCUGCCCACAUAACUACAUUGUGACGGAUCAUGGAGCCUGUGUGCGGACGUGCAGUGGGAACACAUAUGAGGUGGAUGAGGGUGGAGUGAGGAAGUGCGCCAAUUGCGAUGGACUGUGUCCAAAAGUUUGUAACGGACUUGGAGCCGGAGACCUGACUCACACCCUGUCCAUCAACGCCACCAACAUCGACUCCUUUAAAAACUGCACGAAAAUCAAUGGGAACAUUGCGAUCAUCUACACAUCGAUUCAUGGGGAUGCAUAUACCAAAACACCAAAGAUGGACCCUGCCCAGCUUGAUGUGUUUAAGACAGUUAAAGAAAUUACCGGAUCUUUGUGGAUUCAGACGUGGCCAAAGAACAUGACCUCACUCAGUCCUUUUGAGAAUCUGGAGAUCAUUCGAGGACGAACUAAGCCUGGCGUCCGCAGCCUGGUUAUUAUUCAGCUCGAUAUCGACCACCUGGGCCUUCGCUCCCUCAAAGAAAUCAGCGAUGGAGACGUGUACAUCAUUAAGAACAAGAACCUGUGCUACACCAAUAAAAGCCACUGGGAGGGGCUCUUCAGAUCAAAAAGGCAAAGUGCCAACGUGGGGGAAAAUGCUGACGUUGCCACAUGUGCGCUGAAGAACAACACCUGUGACAGGAAGUGCACCGCGGAGGGCUGCUGGGGUCCGGGCCCGGACAUGUGCCUCGCCUGCCGUGACUACAGCCGCGACGGGAGCUGUGUCAGCUCCUGCAACAUCCUCGAGGGAGAGCGGAGGGAGGUGGUCGUGAAUAGAACCUGCAUGGAGUGUCACGGCGAGUGUCAACGCAUGAACGGGACGACAACCUGCAGCGCACCUGGUUCUGGAAAUUGUACGAAGUGUGCCAACUUCCAAGACGGCCUGUUCUGUGUGUCUCGCUGUCUCCAAGGCGUGCCAGGGGAGGACGAAGCGCUGGUGUGGAAAUACUCCAACGAGAUGAAAGUGUGCAAGCUGUGUCACAAGAACUGCACUCAGGGGUGCAUUGGGCCUGGUCCUGAAGGCUGCCAGACCAAGAGAGCCUCUGGUCUCUCCAUGAUCGCAGCCGGUGUAGUCGGCGGGAUGCUGGCUGUUCUGAUCGCAGGCCUGUCCGUCUUCGUGCUGCUCCGCCGACGCCACAUCAAGAGGAAGAGGACCACGCGCAGGCUGCUCCAAGAGAGACAGCUGGUUGAGCCUCUGACUCCGAGCGGAGAGGCACCGAACCAGGCGCUGCUGCGGAUCCUGAAAGAGCCGGAGUUCAAGAAAAUCAAAGUGCUGGGGUCCGGGGCGUUUGGCACAGUUUAUAAGGGCCUGUGGGUUCCGGAGGGCGAGGACGUGAAGAUCCCAGUGGCCAUCAAGGUUUUAAGAGAGGCCACAUCACCGAAAGCAAACAAAGAAAUCUUAGACGAGGCGUAUGUGAUGGCCAGUGUGGAUCACCCCCACGUGUGUCGUCUGCUCGGCAUCUGCCUCACGUCCACGGUGCAGCUCGUCACCCAGCUGAUGCCCUUCGGCUGCCUGCUGGACUACGUCAAAGAGAACAAGGACAACAUCGGCUCCCAGCACCUGCUCAACUGGUGUGUGCAGAUAGCCAAGGGUAUGAACUACCUGGAGGAGCGCCACUUGGUGCACCGCGACUUGGCAGCCAGGAACGUUCUGGUGAAGACUCCUCAGCACGUCAAGAUCACAGACUUCGGUCUGGCUAAGCUCCUCGAUGCAGAUGAGAAGGAGUACCAUGCAGACGGUGGAAAGGUCCCGAUAAAAUGGAUGGCCCUUGAAUCUAUCCUGAACAGGACGUACACGCACCAGAGUGAUGUAUGGAGCUUCGGUGUGACAGUUUGGGAGCUGAUGACAUUCGGGACCAAACCGUAUGACGGGAUUCCAGCCUGUGAAAUAGCUGCAGUCCUGGAGAAAGGGGAGCGACUGCCCCAACCCCCGAUCUGCACCAUCGACGUCUACAUGAUCAUGGUGAAAUGUUGGAUGAUUGAUGCCGACAGCCGACCUCGCUUCCGGGAACUAAUAGCCGAGUUUACGAAGAUGGCUCGGGAUCCCUCACGGUAUCUUGUCAUUCAGGGGGAUGACCGCAUGCACCUACCGAGUCCGUCAGACACCAGGUUGUACCGCAGCCUGAUCAGCGGGGAGGACAUGGAGGACGCUGUGGAUGCAGACGAAUACCUGGUGCCGCAACACGGCUUCUUCAGCAGCCCGAGCAAGUUCAACAGGCCGCUGCUCCACUCCGCAAGCCUCAACAGCAGCAUUGGAACGUGCAACAGCAGAACCGGUUUACUGAACGGGUUCCCGAGCAGGGACGGAAGCUUGGUUCUCCGGUACAUCCCCGACCCCACAGACAAAUUUUUAGACGACGCCUUCCUGCCGGCGCCAGACUACAUGAACCAGAACGGAGUCUCGGAUGUGAUGAAUCCCAUCUACAAGCACCCGGGUCCACCUCGCACACUCCUCCCCACCAUCUCCUCAGACGACACGGAGACAGAGUACCUGAACUGCUAUAAGAACGGCGACAGCGGGCACGAGUACCUCAACGACCUUGCGCCCCGCGCCAUCCUCCCGAUCACCUCCAACGGGACGGCCCACUGCAUUCAGAAAUACCACCCCCAGAACAGCAUAGACAACCCUGACUACCAACAGGAUUUCAACCCCUUCUUCAAGAGCCACGCCAACGGACACAUCCCGGCAGCGGAGAACGCAGAGUACCUGGGUCCAGACUGACCACGUAACGGAUAAAAAUACAAGACACUUUCCUUUCUUUCCUGAAAUGUCUGGGCUGGAGAAACACACCUGAGUGGUACCAUCAACUAUCAUAUAUGUUGUAUCCUGUCCCAUGAAGUCAGGUGACACUGUGCAGCUUUCCAUGUUGUUUGCAUGCUGUCGUAACUGUCUUAUAAAACCUGUCUCAUUCCAAAGAGCUUUUUCCUCACAAAUCAAACGAUAAGUGAUUUUUACUCGGUGAAAGCUGGACGAGAGCCGAAGCACACGUGACUCAGUUGACCUGAGUUUGUGGAGCAGAUGCGCUCCGUCCCAAUGUGUCGUCAGAAAGUGAAAACCUCUUCCCAAUGUCUCAGAAGUGAAAAAUGCUGCAUGUGAUCCCAAUGUGUCGGUGGAGGAUGUAACUGCCUGAAUUUCUUUGGGAGGCAGAAGGACAGAAACUGGCAGCUCAGCCCAAAACACAACUUAAGGUACAUGCGUCACAGAAUCACAAUCAUCAAAGGAGUAUUGAUGAGUUCGAAUAGAAAGGGUUGACGCACACACACACAGUGGGGCGCUCGGUCGAUACUGAUGUGAAGCCUUUGACUGGUGGGGCCCUCGGGGGCCUGAGGACACUCCUCCUGGAGGAUCAGUCAACGAGGAGGCAAGAUGUCGCAACGUAUAGAAAUUAUUGUUUAGCGGGAAUACUGGUGAAUGAUAUCAUUGAAACAUGUUAACCUUUCUGCUCUAAGACAGUUCUGUGUGUGUGUGAGAUUGAUUUUGUUGCCUCUUAGGUUAGGGUUAACUUGGGGUUAGAACACAACACUUGGACACGCGCAGACCGUGAAUGUUAAUAAGACUUAAAAAGUCCCUCAUUGAAACCUUAAUCAAUUGGUUAAAAUCCCAUCAUAGAAGGAUGAAAUAAAUAAAAUAAGGGAUGAUUUAAAAGAGCAUAGAUACAGGUGGUGAAGCUUAUAAACAUUCUCCAGACCUCUCCUAUGGCUGUUAAUUUAAAAAAGGUGGGACAUGUUAAUAUGAAGAUUUGUCAUAAAUAAUGAUUAAUAAUAAAUAACAGCAAUGAUAAGUGGUUAAAAUUCAUUAAGUUAAGGGAUAAGGUUUUGGUGAGGCUGUCAACAAUGAAUGGAAGUCAAUGCAAACUGCAAACGAACUGUCUGUGUGUUCCUGUGUGCCCGGAUGUGUGUUACCACAGCAACUAUGUAGAGAAUGUGAUGGUAAAUAUGGCGAAUGUGAUUGUGGUCAUAUUCAGGCGGGUCUGUUUCGUAAGUGUAGCGCUCUUGAGUGAAGCGUAUUUGUGUGGACCCGCAAAGUUCGCUAAACUCUGGGCUGUGUAGGAGUGUGGAGUAUUCCUCUGCUCACACAGGAAACUCUUUUUCCUGCCCUGUUACUGAUCAUUUCCUUCCAAUAGUUUAUUUUUAACACUCCUGACUUAAGGAGGUUGUCAAGUUUUUACACUCGACUCGACGAACCAUAAACUUAAAAAACGGGGGGGGGAAACUCCAGUAGCUCCAGAUGUGUUCCCAUAGAGGUUUUAUUUGUGUGUGUGUGUGUGUGUGUGUGUGUGCGUGUGUUUCCACUUGUUUGAAAUGCUGGUUGAACUGUCUUAGAGUCACGUGAGCAGCUUGUUUGAAUUUUUAACUAACUGUCAUUACUAGUGGUAUUUCCUUGUAAACACGAUGUAUUUUAGUGACUGUUUGAAUGACUCUGUGUCUUAUUAGAAACUCAGGAUGUUUCUGAUGUUUUGGUCUAAAGUAUCAUUCCCAGGAGACUUUUCCUUCUCUGUGUUUUUCUUUUUGUUUAGACUGUUGAGACCGUCUCUGUGAACCUGCCCCUCAAGCUUUAAAGUCUUGUUGUCUUGCAAGAGCUUUAACUUUGCGAAUAUCAUUCCUAGUUUUAAAGGAAUCUCCUCUUGUAGCAGCCUGUAGACCUACUUUUACAGAUUUUACACAGGUACAUGUACAGAAAACAGUGGAUAUUGCUGUAAUAUACCCCCUUAAAAAUUCACCUAUAAUUUAUACUAUCAGUACACCAUUUUGUCACAUCAUACAUGAAUAUGCACUUGUUCCUGAAUUGUAAUUAUUUCAUUCAGAAGUGAAUAUGAAUAAAUCUUUUUUUUCUAUGGAAACACA